GAAACGAAUUUUUAAGCCGAACGAGGCAAACAAAAACUUUGAAGACAUGCAUCUCUGGACGCUGAAAAUGUGCCUCUAUGGGCCACUAAGGAGCCCAACUCGAUCGGAUUGUUCUUGGGCACUGGUGAUUUAUGGAGUUUGGAAAAAGGGUUAAUUCCCAACUGUGGAACCUACGGGGGUAGGGGCAGUGAAAGCUGCAGUUGGUCGGAGGAGUAGAAGGGAAGGAGCAAAAUUUUGGAAAUCCUGUAGACAAAGAAUAUGGCUGCGGUUUCCGAGGCCCUCUCCAGCCAAGGAAAAGCUACACAAAAAGCCUGGAUCACUCAUCGAACCACCCCUGCAGCGAGUGAAGAAGGUUCUCUCGCCUCGCCCUCUAGCGUUCGUCUGGAGUAGUGCCAUCUCGGCUUCCUGGGGACACAGGGUGGCACCAUGAGGUCCACCAGCGUCCCGCAGGUCAAGGACCUCCGCAACCUGGUCUCUGACUACGUCAACUAUGAUAUCAUCGUCCUGCAUUACAACUACACGGGAAAGCUGAAUACCAGCGCGGACAAGGACAUUAAGCUGACCUCGGUGGUGUUCAUUCUCAUCUGCUGCUUUAUCAUCCUAGAGAACAUCUUCGUCUUGCUGACCAUUUGGAAAACCAAGAAAUUUCACCGUCCCAUGUACUAUUUCAUUGGCAAUCUGGCCCUCUCAGACCUGUUGGCAGGCGUGGCCUACACAGCUAACCUGCUCUUGUCUGGGGCCACCACCUACAAGCUCACCCCUGCCCAGUGGUUUCUGCGGGAAGGGAGUAUGUUUGUGGCCCUGUCUGCCUCCGUGUUCAGUCUCCUCGCCAUCGCCAUUGAGCGCUAUAUUACGAUGCUGAAGAUGAAACUCCACAACGGGAGCAAUAAUUUCCGCCUCUUCCUGCUGAUCAGCGCCUGCUGGGUCAUCUCCCUCAUCCUGGGCGGCCUGCCCAUCAUGGGCUGGAACUGCAUCAGCACGCUGCCCAGCUGCUCCACCGUGCUGCCGCUCUACCACAAGCACUAUAUCCUCUUCUGCACCACGGUCUUCACUCUGCUCCUGCUCUCCAUCGUCAUUCUGUACUGCAGGAUCUACUCCUUGGUCAGGACUCGGAGCCGCCGCCUGACCUUCCGCAAGAACAUUUCCAAGGCCAGCCGCAGCUCCGAGAAGUCGCUGGCGCUGCUCAAGACUGUGAUCAUCGUCCUGAGCGUCUUCAUCGCCUGCUGGGCACCGCUCUUCAUCCUGCUCCUGCUGGAUGUGGGCUGCAAGGUGAAGACCUGCGACAUCCUCUUCAGAGCGGAGUACUUCCUGGUGUUAGCUGUGCUCAACUCUGGCAGCAACCCCAUCAUUUACACUCUGACCAACAAGGAGAUGCGCCGGGCCUUCAUCCGGAUCAUGUCCUGCUGCAAGUGCCCGAGCGGAGACUCUGCUGGCAAAAUCAAGCGGCCCAUCAUCGCCGGCAUGGAAUUCAGCCGCAGCAAAUCAGACAACUCCUCCCACCCCCAGAAGGACGAUGGGGACAACCCAGAGACCAUUAUGUCUUCUGGAAACGUCAACUCUUCUUCCUAGAACUGGAAGCUGCCCACCCACCGGAAGCGCUCUUUGCUUGGGCGCUCGCCACCCGUGUUUGGAAGGAAAAUCUCUGGGCUUCAAUUGCUGCCAGGGAGAAGCCGCUGCCAGCCAGAGGGAGGAAGGGGCAGAAUACGAGCAGCCUGGUGGUGCUGGGUGUUGGUGGGUAGAGUUAGUUCCUGUGAACAAUGCACUGGGAAGGGUGGAGAUCAGGUCCCGGCCUGGAAUAUAUUUCCUCCCCUCGUGGAGCUUUGAUUUUGCACUGAGCCAAAGGUCUAGCAUUGUCAAGCUCCUAAAGGGUUCAUCUGGCCCCUCCUCAAAGACUAAUGUCUCCAUGCGAAAGCGUCUCUUUGUCUGGAGCUUUUGAGGAGAUGUUUUCUUUCACUUCAGUUUCAAACCCAAGUGAGUGUCUGCACUUCUGCUUCUUUAGGGAUGCCCCGCGCAUCUCGCAUCCCACCCUCCCUUCCCCUCAUACCCCUCCUCACAGUUCUGUUACUUUAUACUUUAACUACCUGACAGUUACCAGAGCUGGGGUUGUGGAGUGAUCGGUCAUGUAUAGCAAGUAGGCUGUGUUGAGUACGUAGGCUGUGGGAAGACGAAGAGGGUUUCGACAUGUAAAACAAUGUCCUUCGCUGAGGCCAAAGUUUCCAUGUAAGCGGGAUCCGUUUUUUGGAAUUUGGUUGAAGUCACUUUGAUUUCUUUAAAAAACAUCUUUUCAAUGAAGUGUGUUACCGUUUCAUAUCCAUCGCAGCAGAAAUCUGCAUAAGGAAGUCCACUUUAUCUAAAUGAUAUUAGCCAGGAUCCUUAGUGUCCUAGGGAAAACGGACAAGCAAAACAAAGUGAAAACUGAUGGGAUUAACUUUCACAAACCAAGGGAGAUUUAUUAGCAAAUGAGUUUAACAAAUAUGACAUCUGUCUUUGGCACUUUUGUUGAUGUUUAUUUCUGAAUGUUGCGUGAUUCAUUUCAAGCAACAGCACGGUUGUAUUUUGUUGUGUUAAAAGUACUUUUCAUGAUUGUUGAAUGUAUUUGUUUCAGCAGAGGUCAUUUUAUUGGAUUUUUCUAACCUGUGUUAACACCAUUGAAUGUGUAUUUCUUAAGAAAAUACCACUCUCUUGUGCCCUUAAAAGCAUUACUUUAACUGGUAGGGAACUCCAGAAACUUUUCAGUCCAGCUAUUCAUUAGAUAGUAAUUGAAGAUAUGUAUAAACAUUACAAAGAAUAAAAAUAUAUUACUGCCUCUUUAGUAUGGUUUUCAGUGCAAUUAAACCAAGAGAUGUCUUUUUUUAAAAAAAAUAGUAUUUAAUAGGUUUCUGACUUUUGUGGAUCAUUUUGCACAUAGCUUUAUCAACUUUUAAACAUUAAUAAACUGAUUUUUGUAAAGAUCCCUUUGUGAAGAGUAUUCUUGAAAAUAAUUAUUGAGUCACUCUAUUGGAUUAUGUAGUUAUUUGGUAUCAAAGUUAAGGACAGGUUUCUGUUAUUCUUUAAAGGAUUAUUACCUUAACUAGGGUGCGAAAAAAAAAUGUGGUUUGUUUAGAAACCACUCUAUCUUUUUCAGGAAGAGAAACUUCAAUAAGUUAACACUGAAGAGUAGUAAAGAAUGAGAUAAAAACCACCAUCUUUCUGAAUACCACAUUGACUAGUAAGUAGAAUUGUUUGAGCUUUAAAUAGUAUUUAAGCCAAAUAAAUUAAGUACAAUACUUCUGUCAUCAAAUAUGGGUUUUUAAAGAAAUUACACAUAAAAAUGUGGAUGUAAAUCUCAAUUAGGAGACUAAAUCAUCAUUCAAACCAAUCAAAAAAGCAUAUAUUCUUGGUUUUCACCAACGUGCUAGGGAAGUGGGGUUAUGGAUAUGAACAUUAAAUCAUUUUUUUUUCAGGACACUGUCUUGGCUUCUCCCAGCCUAUCUUCUGAACCAUAUAGAAGUAUACAGUAUCAGUGAAAUAGCUAGCUGUAAAAUAUGGGCUGAGUGGUAUCACACUUUUAUCUGAAAACCUUCAGUUCAUAGUAUCUGAAAGCAUGAACACUCUCAGUCAUUAAUUUUUCCAACUACAAAGUGAAAAGAAGGCACUUUGCAAGCAUCAUAGACUUACUGUAAUAAUUCUUGUUUGAGAUUAUUGUCAUCUUUGGGGGGAUUAAAGUAUUUUCGUGUGUUUGGUGCUCUAAUCCUAUUGCUACUUUCAGAAUUUGUGCUUUCAAGUGUCAUUGAGUAUGCACAGGACACAGUUGGAACAUGAAGAUAAACCUCACCUAAUAGAGUAGAUGUCAUUUCUGGGUAAGGUUAACUGUGGGAAACAGAAAUGUGUUCACUAAGGAAACCUUAGGUCACAACCUCCAGUUUCCUGAAGGAAAUGCCAAAAACGCUCCAAAGACAAAAGGCUGGAAACGAACUGGAAUGUCUCUCUCCAUCUGUCUGCUAAGGCGGAAGGAAUGAUUUCAUGUUACAUUCACUUCCUAGAGCUUUCGUUACAGAGUCAAGCAUAAUGGAAAA